ACAGAACAUCACCCAGAUGCCCCGCCCUUGGCAUCGCCUAGACUUCAGCAGGCUAUGAAUGUGAACACUUCUGCUGCAUGCUCAACAUUAUUUACAGCAAAGCAGAUGUUGCAUCACUGACUUCAUACCAGCGAAUCCAAAGCAGCAUCGAGAUAAAAAAAAGAAAGAAGAAUCAGUAGGCUAAUAUUUAAAGAACUUCUGAGUUGAGGAAACAGCUAAACGAUGAGUGCUGCUCAGAGUCAAACAACACUGGAGUCCAAACUGGAGGCCCUGCAGUGCCACUUCACCUGGGAUCUGGACCCUGGUAGGCCCAAACUUCUCCGCCUCAAGGACAAGCUGGAAGACAUUGGCACCAAGGAGGGAAACAGCUGGCUGGGUCACAUUUACAAUCUGCGUGGGUUCAUUCAGUAUGACCUGGGGUUUAAAGAAGAUGCCCAGAGUUUGUUCAGCAAGGCUGCAGAGGCCUUCCGCCAGAUGAGAAACGCAGAUGAAGGUCCCUGGUUAGUGGUGAACUAUGGGAACCUGGCUUGGCUGCACCAUCACCUGGGAGAACAAGCAGAGAGUCAGGCUUACCUGUCAAAGGUCGAUGCCCUGAUCAAUAAAUACCCAUCUCCAUGCCAGGAUGAGCUCCAUCCAGAGAUGUGUGCUGAAAAAGCCUGGACCCUGAUGAAGUUCAGCGCAGAACAAAAGCAGCUGGCUGCAGAUUACUUUGAGAAAGCCAUCAGGAUGCAGCCAGGCAUGGUGGAGUGGAACACCAGCCAUGUCUUAGGGUUAGUGGGUGCUUUCAAGCACAGUGAAACAGGGCUGGAGGCUGACAUCUUGGAGAAGAUGAGACUGGCCAAGGAGCAGGAUCCAGAGAACUUGUACCUCGCUGUUCACUACCUUGAGGAAUGUGCUAAGAAAGGAGACAGAAUUGAAGAUGAAGCACGUGAGUUGGCCAUAAGGGUUUUGAGAAAUCCUGUCAGCAGCUACAGCGGUAUAAAAGGGUUAUUACGAGUUUACAGACACUAUGUAUCUAUUGAUGAGGCCAUUGAUUUGGCAGAGGAGGCUCUGGAAAACCAUCCAGAUGAGCGUUAUCUGAAGAGAUGUGCUGCACUCUGCUACAAAUGGAAGAUCCUUUUCUUCAGGGACAGUCGCCCAAGGCAAAGCAUGAUAGACAGAGCAAUCAGUCUCCUUAAGGAUGUGAUUUCUCUUUACCCUCAUUCUUCACUUGUGAAGAAAAUAGACCUUGCAAAUAUAUACGCAAAGUCAAACUACGGCCAGGCUCAAGCUGAGCAGAUAUACAAUGAAUUGCUACUAAGUGAUCUUGAACCUGUGGACAAACAGAUGAUUUACAACCACUACGCAAAAUACUUAAACUUUGAAAGACAGGAUCGUAACGGGUCAAUAAGAUAUCACAUGAAGGCAGCAGCGAUACCGCAACAAUCCUACUUUCGUGGGAACAGCAUCCAAGCUCUGGAGAGGAUUAGAGACAGAGGCAGGAACCGCAUGUGUAGAGAAAUAGAGGAGUUUCUGGCAAACCUGCAAGAGCCAUAGUGUUUACAGCACUGGUUUUAAUGGGAAUUGCAUCACCAAAAUGAUCUGUAUACUGAUUAAUUUGAUUGCACAUUAGGAAAAACAACAGGAAAGACUUGUAGAAGUUGUAGAAAUAAUUACUUCUUAAAAUAAAGUUAAAAUUGGUAUGAGAAGCUGAGAGUGAAGACCCGCUGAUGGCAGCAUGGCAUGAAUUAAAAUUUUGCCCAUUAAAUGCAAAUUAGAGCAGAUAUGUUUAAUGCCUGCUAAUCCUCUGACAGUGAGUCUAUUGAAACAAAUGGAUUUCACCAUUAUAAAUGUGAGCAUGCUUAUGCCUCAAAUUAGUCAGUAGGGUCUAUGCUAAAAGUGCUUGUCAAAUAAUUAGUUAGGAUUAGUUAGGAUACAGUAACGUGCACCACAAAAGAUGAUUAGCACAGUAAUGAGGUUGUAAAUAGUACAAAUAAAUACAGCUAUUAAAUACAAAAUGUAUGAACUUAUUCUCCCAUAAGUGACCAAGCAAUCUGACUGUUAGCUCUGAGUGCCUUUUCCCUCUUUUCAAAAGUAACUCAGUCCCCAGAGCAAAAUGUUGGCUAGCGUUUUGAUGGUGUAGCUCGCCAGCUACAGUAGUUUACCAAGUAUUUGAGUAGUCACUAUGUCAACAAGCCUCCAGAACUGAAUGUUAAGCAGAGGUGCAGCCAAGAUUAUUUCACUCUGAUGUAAACACAAAUGUGCUGCUUGACACAAUAUACUAAAAGUUGCUCACCAUAUUUGCUAAUGAGUGUGCUACACUUGCUAGCUCGCCAGUGUUAACGCAUUCGACGUGUUCAGCUAGAGGGCAUCACAUAAAAAGUUUGCUUCAGUGGGUCUUAGAAAACAGCUUAAAUAUGGUGGAUAAUUUCAGCCAGAAUUUAAAUUCAAAGGGAAGAAGACAGCAACACCCAAUUUAAAACAUGGAAAGUUCAAUGAACUCAUGGUUGGUUUUGGUCUUUUCAUGGCUAACACAAAGAACAAUGGUGUAUUUUGAGCUGUAUCCUUAAAAGGCAGGUUUCAACAAGUGUCUGUCAGUUUUAGUUAAAGCAAGCUAAAGUUAAUGGAAGAUUAGGCUGUUUAAAAAUAUCUAAUGAAAAACUGUAAGCAGUAUUACACUAAAUUUGUACGAAAAGGACAGAAUCAACCAAUAAAGUACGAGCACGGUCUUUAAAUAACAUUGCACUUUGAACAUAUAUAUGUUUUUUACAACUUUCAUGUAAUCAUGGUGUUUUUCUUUUCCUGUUGUGCUGAUGUUUUCCCUUUGCACUGCUGUUUAGGUUUAUAUUAACACUCUCGAUAAUAAAUAUGCUCUGCUUUAAGAAAAAUAAGACUGGUAAUGUCAUUGUUAUUUGAUGUAUAGGAUGUAUAGGCUAAGUGUGCCAAGCUGUAUGUAGUUGUACACAAUGUAUUUGUGUGUAUUAAAUAAAGAUUAUGUACACUAAGAAA